CAACAACUCUUCGGAGACGUGAAGUAAACAUCGAGGGAAUUGGUGUAAAACCGUUCCAGCUGAGUUGCUGAUAAUAAAAACUGAAGAAUGGCGGUCGCUGCGAAGGCAUCUGUUAUGACUCUAAGCCCAGUGCGGGAGCAAUUGAGGCGAUGGGCAUUUAAGCUGUCAGGAUAUAACAGAUACGGUCUGUACCUGCACGACCUGUACCAAGAGACGCCUGACGUGUCCGAGGCCAUCCGGCGGCUGCCCGCAGAGAAGCAAGAUGAGCGGCUGUGGAGGCUGCAGCGCGCCAUACAACUCGACCUCACCAAGCGGGUCUUGCCCAAGGAGGAGUGGCACACGUAUGAGGAGGAAAUAAGCAAGGGUCGCUACCUUACCGAACUGCUGAAGCAGGUCGAGUUUGAGAGGAAGGAGAAAGAAGAAUGGGAAAGCAAGUAAAACUCCCGAGAAAGUUAUAAAAUUGUUCUAUUCUAGCUGUUUUCAUGGUUGCGUUACGGAGUAAUUGGAAUAUCCCUGCUGUCUCAUUCUUUGUCAAUUGAAUAACUUGCUUCUAUUGACGCAGCGUCACAGGUGAUAUGUAAAUAUUACAUUUAAUAUAAUUCUCAA